AUGACGCCAGUGCUGCUCGUGGUGCUGCUCGCGGUGCUGCUGAUUUGGGUGCCGGGCGAAACACGGGCAGCUUCGCCGGGGCGACGGCGGCUCGUCUGUUACUUCACCAACUGGUCCCCGGCCCGUCCGGCCGAGUUCGCCUACGACAUCGGCGAUAUACCGGCCGACCUAUGCACGCACGUGACGUACUAUGCGGCCGGGGUCGAUGAGCAAAACUUCGAGCUCAAGCCGGACAACGCACGGUACGACAUCCUGCAGAAUGGGCUGAAGAAGUUUGCUCAGCUCAAGCAAACCCAACCGGACCUACGGCUUUCGCUGGCCGUCGCCUGCGAGGGCACCGGUUGCGGCCCGUUCGAGGCGAUGGCUUCAACGCUCAUCCGACGGCAAAAGUUCAUCCUGAGUGCGAUGCAGUUUAUGCAACGGUACGGCUUCGAUGGCAUCGAGAUCGGGUGGAUCUGGCCGGGUGGACCGGGGGAGGGUCGCGCUGGCGACAAGGACAAUCUGUACCACCUGAUCAACGAACUGAAACGCGCGUUCCGCGAUACAGGCCACUCCGGCUGGGAGGUGUCCGUAUUCGUCCCGAUUAAGCGCGGCAAGAUCGAGGACGGGUUCCACCAGCAGCUGAUAUGCCAGGUGGCUGACUUUGUGCACCUGACCGGGUACGACAUCCGCGGGACCUGGAACGGGUUCACCGACGUGCACAAUCCGAUGAACAACCGAGCGUUCGACAACGGGGACUUUCUCGAUGCGAACGUUAAGGGCGGCGUCCAGCACUGGAUCGCCGGCGGCUGUCCGGCCGCGAAGAUUGUCCUCGAGGUGGCAUUCUACGGACGUUCGUACAGGCUGGCGAACGAAACGGUUCACGGGCUGGCGGCUCCGACGACUGGAGCGGGGCCGGGAGGGCAGUACACGGGCAGUGCCAACUACAAGGCGUACUUUGAGGUAUGUGCCGAGCUACGGGAUCCCGGGUGGACCGUGGAUUGGGACGUGCAGGGCAUGUGUCCGUACGCGUACCGGGGGACCGAGUGGGUUGGGUACGAGAAUGAAAAUUCGGUCACCGAAAAGGCGGUUUAUGCGGCCACCACCGGGCUGGCCGGGCUGUACGCUUAUCCGAUCGAUCUGGACGACUAUAAGGGACUGUGUGGCCGGAAGUACCCGCUGCUGAAUGCCCUGGCGGAGCAGUACAAACCGGAACGGGCUCCGGCGGACACCGGGGACGACUAUGAUUUCGCUAUCUGGCGGGCACGGCGAUUCGCGAAAUAA